CCCCCGCCCUCCCCCGCCUGACGGUGGGAAGCUAACGGCGGCGCCGGAGCCCCCCGCGUGCUGGGGGUCGGCGAACCGCAUGGCGGCGGCGGCGGCGGCGCGGGCGUGGGGGCGGCGGCGGCGCGGCGGCACCGCGUUCCUGCGUGGGGCCCUCGGGGCAGCCCCGGGCCGCGCCUGCAGCACCGGAGCGCCGGUGAGGGCUCCCUCCGCCGCGACUCAGGAAUUACAAAGCUCAGGAAGAGGACGCUUUCUGCUGGAACAUGCUGCUCCUUUCUCUGUUUUUUUGACAGACAGCUUUGGGCGCCAGCACAACUACUUGCGAAUUUCUUUGACUGAGAAAUGCAACCUCAGGUGUCAGUAUUGUAUGCCAGAGGAAGGUGUUCAGCUGACCCCUAAAUCAGAGCUACUUACUGCUCAGGAGGUAAUUACCCUAGCCAGACUAUUUGUGAAAGAAGGCGUAGAGAAGAUCCGACUGACAGGAGGAGAGCCACUUAUCCGUCCCGAUGUGGUUGAUAUUGUGGGUCAACUCUACAAGCUAGAAGGGCUGAAAACCAUUGCUGUCACAACCAAUGGGAUCAACUUAGCCAGAUUGUUGCCCCGACUGAAGGAGGCAGGACUGAAUGCCAUUAACAUUAGCCUGGAUACCUUGGUCCCAGCUAAAUUUGAGUUUAUCGUCCGGAGAAAAGGCUUUCACAAGGUAAUGGAAGGGAUCCACAAAGCCACUGAACUUGGCUACCAUCCUGUUAAGGUAAACUGUGUGGUGAUGCGAGGCUUCAAUGAGGAUGAACUGCUGGACUUUGUGGAUUUCACAAAGGAUCUGCCCCUUGACGUGCGGUUCAUAGAAUACAUGCCCUUUGAUGGCAAUAAAUGGAACUUCAAGAAGAUGGUGAGCUACAAAGAAAUGCUUGAUACAAUUAAACAGCAAUGGCCUGAACUGGAGAAAUUGCCCUGUGAAGCUUCCAGCACAGCCAAGAGUUAUAAGGUGCCACAUUUCCAGGGACGAAUCAGCUUUAUCACCUCCAUGUCAGAGCACUUCUGCGGAUCCUGCAAUCGGCUGAGGAUAACAGCAGAUGGGAAUCUAAAAGUGUGCCUUUUUGGGAAUUCAGAAGUGUCCUUGAGAGAUCACCUACGGUCAGGUGCCACAGAGGAAGAGUUGGUUCAAAUCAUUGGAGCAGCAGUGGGCAGAAAAAAGAAACAGCAUGCUGGCAUGUUUAACAUUUCCCAGAUGAAAAACCGGCCAAUGAUCCUGAUUGAGCCUGCAUUGAUGUCAUUCCCACUAUGCCAAGACACCCUACAGAUUCCCGCAAAUUCAAAACAGCGGGGCCACGCAUUUAGCCACUGGCUGACUUUGAGAGCAAGUCUACCCAAACAAAUGAGAAAAGCAUUAAUGAAAAAUAAGCUUACAGGACAACUUUUCCUGCCAGGAUCUCACCCAGAGCAACAGUGGCACAUAACAACAGGAAUUCCACAAACCCAGCUCAGAGGCUACUGUGUCUUCCAGAAGGACCCAAGCUCCACAUUUGACACAAAGUGCCUUGAGAUACCUCAAGUUUCUGUGGACUGUCAGUACAAAGAGGCAAGUUCGGGAUAUGAAUUCUGUACCAGGGAUUUGGGAUCUUGCACUGAGGCACCUCGUUCCUCUGACAACUUGACUCACACUGAUGAGGAAGGACGGGCCACAAUGGUGGAUGUUGGAUGGAAGCCAGAUUCAAGAAGAUGUGCUGUUGCUGGUGCUGUGGUCCGCCUGGGUGAGAAGGCAUUUGGGAUGGUGAGGCAGAACCAGGUGAAAAAAGGGGAUGUGCUGGCUGUAGCCCAAAUUGCAGGAAUUCAGGGAGCCAAGCUGACCAGCCAGUUGAUCCCAUUGUGUCACAACAUCCCCCUCAACCAUGUUGAAGUGUCUCUGAGCCUGGAUGAGGCCAGACAUGCAGUGGUGAUUCGCAGCUCCUGUCAGACCUGGGGGAGGACAGGUGUGGAGAUGGAAGCUCUAACAGCUGCCAGCCUCGCUGCCCUGGCUGUGUAUGACAUGUGCAAAGCAGUUACUCAUGACAUUGUGAUAGAAGAGGUAAAACUGCUUAGUAAGACAGGUGGGCAGAGGGGAGACUUCUCAAGGUCUAGAUCAUAUCCAGACACCUCCAGCCCUCCAGGUGACCACUGUUCAUGUUCAGCCUCUUAGAGAAAUAUGUUUGCUCAGCUGGUAGGGUUGGAAAACCCAGCAGGCAUAUCAUACAGCAACCCUAUGACUCCAGUUUUGCCUUACCCUGUCAGCUUACUGCUGGGUGAACAGUGGAGCCACUUUUCCCUCUUGCUAAGCAUGUGUGUUUUUUCAGAGGACAGGCUUCUCAGUGUCCUCACUAUAAGCUUGAGCAAAACUCCCUAGUUAACCACAAAAAACCUCUGUGGCUUUUUUUAUCUUGCUGUGAAAUAUCCACAGCUGCUGUCAUCACACCAUGCAACUGUGAGCUCUGGAAAGUGCUGUUAUUUCGCAACUAUUUAAGUCAAGCAUUAAUAUUUCAGAAUUGUGUCUGUCUCCCUGACCCUCUUAGUUAGUGACAGUGUGAAGAGCAUAGCUUGGGAACCUUACCAUACAGCAGAGAUUACAACGGUGGAACAGCCAGUGUCAGAAGGGCAGCUACCAUCCCUUUGCAUUGCCUCUGUUUCCCUUGCCUGCAAGUGGGAAAUAUCCACAUAUUGGUUUCAAAAGAAAAAAGGCAGCUGCCCAGUUCCCCAUAAAACAUGAUGUAGAAACAGAGGAUUUCUGGGUUUACAAGAAUUACUUUGCUGAUAUGAAAGAUGCCUUUUACAGUGUUAGAAGCAUGUUCCAAUAUUUUGAUCUUAGCACUCAAAUACAUUGAGGCCUUGUAUCUUCAUGCUUAAGGGCUUAAUUAUGCCAUGCAGAGAAGUAGGUGUCAGCUCUCCCUGACUUCAGAAAUAGUCGUCACGCCAAGCCCCAGAAGACUCCCAAUUUUUUAAUCCUACAGUGCAGCCUCCUAGUGACCAGCAGCCUGCAUAGUCCUGACAGACAAACUUUAACACUAGUAGCCACUUGGAAGAGUAAGGUAGUUGCUGUUGCCUUGGCCAGAGUGUUUUCCUGCAUGUUUCUCUAAUUUGCUUCUAUGAAGUCUUCUGGCCUCAGAGCACUUAAGUGUCCCCAUAAAUGUACCAGUGACCACUGUCAUGUAGCAUUAAAUAGCUUUGAUAAUUGACUAUCCUAGACAAGAAAAUACUCAACUGUGUUUUGUUAAUACUGAUAGAUCCUUUUCAAAUGUUAACUUAAAUGCUGUAAACAGGGUAUUUUCAACUUUGGUUUACUUGUUUUCUAGUGGUUAGGGCUAGUGAGAAGUCACAUAUGAUUCAGGGUGCUCCCUCUCCAUAUGCACAGAGAGUAAUAGGCAGCUCUAACAACAAAGAAGCUACUGAAAGAGUGUCUUAAGCUUUGCAAGUAGCCACUUCCCAUGAAUAAGGCUAAACUACUGUGUCUAUCAGUAAAGCACACACCAGUCAUGUACAUCCUGCUCACUUAAAGCCUAAGAUGAGGAAGCAAUAGGUUUUAUUACAACUGUCCUUGCUUAUCUUUUAUAAAUCUCAUACACUAGUUACCACAGAAGGCACUUUUUCCAUUGAAGGUGAAUUAAUUUAAUUCUUUAUUCAUGGUCACUGUGAGAUAAGGCAUAUACAAUGCUCCACAUAGCAGCUACAGCUGAAAGGGGAAGGAGUCUAGAAAGCUUGAUCCCCAAACUCCAUAAACAUUUUUAUACCUACAUUCAGUGUUGCAGUCCUGAUUCCCUUGAUACAGAUAGAUUGGUAAUAAGUUAAUAAUAGGAGCACUCCUGCUCCUUCCCAGGAGUGUACCUAGUACUGCCCUACUGUGCACCAAACCCAGCUGACCCUGCAAAUACAGGAGAUCUUGUUCAUGUGUGGAGCUGCUGUGCCCAUAGCACAAACAUUUCCCUAGCUCAGCAUGGAAACAAAUUGUCAGGAAAAGUAAACAUGUGUGUAACCUGCUAAGUUAACUGAUUUACACAAGCACUUAACUCCCACCACCACGCACAACACGCCCAGCCCUCCCUGCCUUCACCCAGCCACUAGAUAGUUUUCAAAACUAAAAGGAAACUAGACAUAUGCAGUACUAAUGAAGUGAUGCUUUGGGGUAUGUGGUUCUUUGGCUUCUGAGAAGUUCGUUGUCAUGCUGUAAAGCUCACACAAAGGACUCGUGACCAUGCAAGGGACUACAGAGCAUAUGCCUGACUACCACGCACAUCUUACUACUUACGCACAUUUCACUACUUUCUUGGGUUGAGAGUGAGUGGCUGGAGGCUUUGGGCAAACAGCCUUUGGUGUCAUUUUAUGCUCGUGUUACAACAGCAAGUGUUGAAACGACACACAAUUAUAGAUAAUGAACCAAGCAUGAGUCAACAGAACUUUUUGCAAGAGAAAUGAGCUGACAGCGCUGUGUGGUGCUGGGUGGGCCACAGGGUAAUGUAUGUUGAUGAACUGACUACUUUUUGGAGGCUUGCUGGUUUUUUGUCCGCAGGAUUUUUAAUAAAUACUAGUUGUAAUGGA